AUGACUACCUCAAUUGUCAAGCUUUUGCUCCUUGCUACUGCCAGCAUCACUGCAGCUGUAAGCAUUGAUGCAGCUGCAAACAUUGAUGCAGCUGUAAACAUUGAUGCAGCUGCAAGCAUUAAUGCAUCUGCCAACAUCGACGUCGACGUCGACAUCUUCGUGGAAGCGGUUCGCAUUGAGGACCUCGCCGAGCAAUGUCAAGUUCCAGCGGAUGCGAUGGUCAACCUCCUCAACACGGACGACUUUACUACGAUCGACGUCAAGGCAUGGACCGCCAUCCUCCAUCAGCCUGCUGAAAUCGUUGAGGCCUGGCCUGCUCCAAUCAAGCAACUUGUGUUCGCCGAAAUUUCAAUUGAGCUCUCUGCUUUGGUCGUCCCGGAAGCCGCACGCCGCGAUCUUGCACCGGCAGUCGUAAACAACAAACUCGAGGCCCGCAACGGUUUUGACACGGUCCGUCGCGUUGAACGUCAGCUUUUUGCCACCCAUGAUGCCCGUUUGAAAUCAGCUCACUCAAGCUGCUUCCAAAACGUGCCUUGUGGUACUUGCGUCACUGCCGCUGGAUUGACUGGUUUCGGUGCUAUUGCUGGUUGCGUCGGCGUUGCUUUCGCCGCCGUUGAACUCACUGCCGGCGUUGCUACUCCGGUUGCUAUCUCCGAACUCGUCGCGUGCGGCUCAAAGGCUGCUGCUGUUACCGUAGCGGCCAUUGGUACGAACAGGGAAACAAUACCCACCAAUCACACUACUCGUCAAGACAAGCACUACCACAUCUCCCGAAGCUUAAUCCACAGACUUCACUAA